GGAUUGAUAUGAUCAAGGUGUUUAUAAGGUUGUUUUGUUGAAUUCUUUUUGGGAUGGCAAUAUUGUACGAACCAGCAAUAAAACUCAUCAACGAGAUGAGCUAGCAUGGGCGAUUCUUGUCUUGCUACUUUGUCAAUGGAGAAUCAUCACCCCUCCACGCUCCUUUCAAUGGACUCAAGUGCAUCUUCUCACGAGGAACUCGAUUUGGAGAUGAAUCGCCAAAUCAUACUCUCUCGUCCGCCGGAUAUCAAUCUUCCCCUCUCCGCCGAGCGCAGCCCGCCUCCGCAGCCAUGGAAUCCGGAGCCUUGUGAUAUUCUUGACGUUGGUCUUGGUACUCAAGGGUACGAGACUGAGAGUUUUCUCAAUCUGCCCAAAGCUGGUAGGAAGUGUGCGAAGCGUGUUGAUAGCAUAUGGGGUGCUUGGUUUUUCUUCAGUUUUUACUUUAAGCCUGCUUUGAAUGACAAGUCUAAGGCCAAGAUUGUCAGGGACAGCAACGGUGUUUCAGGGUUUGAUAAAUCUGAUCUGAAGCUUGAUUCUGCAAAAUCUUAA